UAGAUAGCCAGGGAGGCUGGGAUAACGCCCUCAGGAUAACCUCUCCUCUAGGAUAACCUUCACUAUCUCGCAAAGAGCAAUUAAGAGUGCUUAAGGGGAGUUUAAUAACUAGAAAAUCAUUAUGUAUAAAAUUAUGAAGUUGAAUUCUUUAAAUUGGGAUAUAUAGGAAUUAAACUCGUUGUUGUGCUAAUUGAAAGAUUAUAACGUGACGUGACCAGUGCCAUUAUGUGCGACCUAGUGCCACAAGGGUAGCCCAGUGCCAUAAGGUAUGGCCCAGUGCUGUUAAGUGUGCUCUAGUGCCACAAGGUGUAGCCCAGUGAUGCUGAGUGUGCUCUAGUGCCACAAGGUGUGGCCCAGUGAUGCUAAGUGUGCUCUAGUGCCACAAGGUGUAGCCCAGUGAUGCUGAGUGUGCUCUAGUGCCACAAGGUGUGGCCCAGUGAUGCUAAGUGUGCUCUAGUGCCACAAGGUGUGGCCCAGUGAUGCUAAGUGUGCUCUAGUGCCACAAGGUGUGGCCCAGUGAUGCUAAGUGUGCUCCAUUGACACAAGGUGUGGCCAGCAAGCCGCAGCGGCGCCAGUUAAGUAGUGAGCCAUAGUGAAGGUGUCCACAGGGCCACUCGCUGACCCUCUUGCUUGCACCCGACACCUGCUAGAUAUUGUGCUAGAACUAGUGAUGCCUAAGCAUUUGCUGAUGCCUAGAGCCGGAUUCUAGUAGUGCUAGUGCAUCUAGGAUACCUGGCCCUCGUGAAGCGCAAGUCAUAUGACACCCCCGGUGGUCUUGUUAAACACCUGUGAUAGAACACCUGUCUGAGUUGCUACUGCGCCGGGUCUGGGUUACUUUAACCUCGUACUAUAAGUGUUUUGGAAGUGUUGGUGGAAAUAGUGUUGAUCAAGAGUCCUGAGUGACCGCCGUUGAAGACGACUAACUCGGAGCAGCAGCAGUGGUUGAAGUGUCGAGGUUGUACUGACAUACAAGACUUAUUUCGAGUUCACGGAGGUGCGCCUCACUGACGGUUGGGUCAGGCAUAUCACGAUUAUCUUACACAUCAUUACCACGCACACCUGUUAUCCUGUAAGUCAUUUAAUACACUUUGUGUUACAGUUAAUUGUUUCUUGAUACUCUCUGACUCACUCAUAGGUGUUCAUGAAGUUUGUGGCGGAAAAGUGCAGGACACAAUGUUGCUAUGUUGAUGUAAUCUUCUCAUGUGUCCAUAUCUGGGUAACCACUUGAGCAGAGAUAGAAAGUGAACACUCACUAUGUAAUAGAUGGACAAGAGGUACAGCUGUAGCAGAAAAGAGCUUGUAGAUUGGUAGUGGUGAUAAACUGUACAUCAGGGUAAGCCAGGAUACAGCAUGUAGAUGUGGAAGACCCAGUCCCCUGGGGUAGAGCACCCUGCUGGUGGUGUCCGCGUCCAGGACACCCCCGUUUCCAUAUCUCCCGUCCAGGAUGCCAUGUGUGUGGUGAGGACCAGGCCAUGAGAAGACCCUUUGAGAGAGUGCGAGUGUUGAGGACACUGUGUGAGGAAGAGUUAAGGGAAGGCGCUGGCCCACACUUGAGUGUUGCCGCCUCUACCAGUAUGGCUGGUGGAGUGACGCGGCGUCACCCUGCCGGCAACACACGCCUUGUUCUCUCUUUACCUCUGCCACACUGACGGAGGGUGACGACACGCAGGAAGCGACUGGAAGACGCUGGAGGAGGAGGAGGAGGGUGAUGGAGAGCCGGGCAGGAGGGACCACCACUCUCCCACGCAACAAGGGCGCAACCCUGCCCGGGUUCCGCGUGGGGCCAGUGCGUUAUGGUGUGCGUCUGGGCCCUCCGAGCGAGAACAUGCCCGCCAGGCGAUGCUCUGAGGGCGACCUUGGCGCACCUAGUAGGCCCUCCGGGGAGGAGGUAGUGGUGAGGAAGGUGGUCAGGAGUGGCUCUGGCCCCUACAAUCAUCAAACACUUAUUGACAAUAGGCAAGAGUGUAGUGGGGGGCGUGCCACAAGUGACCUCGCCCCCCGCGGCUCUGAUCCCUCUCCCCUACACCUGAAGGAGGCCCACUCGCUGCUCAACAACAGGUGGGCCCCACUCACUGUGCCCACUUGUACUGCCCUCUUGCCUCCCGCCUCGCCACGCCCACAUGGCGUCAGACGGAGCUUCAAUGCGUCUCCACGCCCGUGGGUGGCACCCACGCAGGUGGAAGAUGCCGCUGAUAAUAAAGGCAGUGACAAUAACAGUGAUAAUAACAGCGGCGCGAGUGGCAGGUGGCGCGUGGCGCCAACAGAUGGCGCGAGCGCCCACACCAACGCUCUCUCUCUUACUGACCCGCUAAAAUUAUCUCCACACCCACCACCCGAGGCGGGCGGAUGGCCCUCCCUGCGGGGCGGUCCGCGCCCUGCGCCGCCCUUAAUCGCCCCCGCUGACGUGGCCACGUUCAGAAGUGAGGCCACUAUCCUGGUGACCCAGGGUGAUAAGAGCCAGGGUGACAGGAGUGGUGGCCAGGGUGAACCAUCACCCAUGUGCCGCCGUCGUGCAGUGGACACCCUCAGCCUGGGCACCUGCGCUGCUGACGACGGGGAGGGUAUGGGUGCUGCUGUAGGAGGCGGGGCACUGCUGCAGGAGGUGAGGGCAGGCGGCCUGCCUCCCCCCGCCGCUAAAUAUACGUGUUGUGUGGCGGGGCGCUCCCCCCGGCAGCUGCUGCCCCGCCAUGCCACUAUGUUUAGCUACCCGGGCCCGGCGCGCCCCGCCAUCCCGGAGGAGAGUGGCAGUGCGCACCUCGACAGUGACCAGUGCAGUGCUCCGCCGCCACCCAUAUCUAGUAAUGCCCAGGCCAGUGCAGUGCAGUGUACAGUGUUUCCUUGCGGAGGCGGCGGUACUGUAGCCUCGGGGGGCAGCGGUCAUGGGGACCGUGUGGCCCCCCCGGCGCCAGUGACCUCCCAGGACGCCCCCCCCGCCAUCACCCGCACCGCCCCCCGCAGGACUGUCCGGCCAAGACCAGAAAUACCUGAUCAUUUGUACCGCCGUUGGGCCGCACUGCUUCCAUCUGAUGCUGGCUUAGAUUAUCGCAGACACAGAGAGCACGAGGAGGUGGGUGCGGGGGCCCCAGGGGGCGCUCCCGGCCCCUCAGAUGAGGGGCCCCGGCCGGUGACAUCACUUGAUCUUAACCCCGGGGCAGGAAGAACACAGGGGUCUCAGAAUUACCAGCUAGAUUCCCAGCAGGACCUCUACUCUCAACAACUCGCCCGGUUUCGACUGGGCGCCCCUACCGGCGGACUGGGAGGCGGCAGGAAAGAAGGGGGGCGUGGACCCCCUCCAGCACGCCCUCCCAGGUCUCGGCAGAAUCAUCUGGAAGAGCUGCGGAAAUGCACAGAGAGGCUUAAAACACCGUCACCUGACAAGAAGGUUCGAGCUGACUCUGCGCCCCCGCCGGACACGGGCGUGUCAGCCAGCUCGGAGGAGGGCGAGGGGGCUCCCCCGCGGGGCAAGAACAAGACGCGAAGCAAUGACACCCGCAGCGUCCUUCCUCGCCAUCAGUGGCUGGGGAAGAGUCCCAGUCUUCCUCCUCAACUCCCCUCAGCCAAGAACACAGAAGCCUCUAGGCUGUCAUUGGCUCUCGUCCCAAAGGACCCCAAGAAGGAUCUACUUGCGAGUGGGCGCCGGGAAGAGGAAGACGUGUUCGACGAGGGAGCUGCCAAACUCCCUCCGCGGCCACGUCCUGAGUCUCGUCUUUUCAUCCCGCCGAGAGUCAUCUCCUUCAGGACGGCGUCGGUGUCCCAGGACGUGGCGUCGGACGCGGCUUUUUUUCCGCGCAGUAGCAAGUCUCCACCUGCCAUCCGCCUCGACACCAUCUGUAAGGACUACUGGCGUACCAAUACACUCCCGAAGCGCAAACCUGCCGUCGUUACUAAGGAAGGUGGCGCUGCGGCAGGAGGGCCCAGCCACCAACACCCGCCGCUCACUACCGCAGUUUCCAUCAGCGACAUGACUAACGUUGGUGCCAAGUCGGGGUUGUCACAGCCGGAAAAACUGGAGAAUAAAUCCAAGUCCGAGAGCGAAUUGUCAGUGGCAGGACUGACGAGUAGUGAGGGAGGUCUGGCUCGCCUCCGAGACAACCUCUUGACCAAAAAAGUGGAGGCUCUGGACACUUUGUCUAUCCCAGGAAGUGGAGUCAAGGAUGCAGGUGCGACUGAAAGAGACGUCAGGGACGCAGAGGAGACGAAAAGAAAAGUCAAAGACGCAGGUAACAUGGAACGAGAAGCCAAGGAUGCAGGCUGGACAAAGGGCGGAGGCAAGGAUGUGAAUAAAAGAGAAACCGGUGUCACAGAAGGCGAUGGAGAAGCUGGUGCAGAACCUUCCCAUGAAAGAAAGAUUACCGAUGACAAACCAGCAACUCAUGAUAAUGCGAAGAAAAUGGAAAACAACAUAGAUGAAAUAAAUAUUAAAAAUAAUAGACAUGAUGAACAACACAUUGCUGUAAGAGAAGAAAAGGUAGAAAAUAUUAAUAAAAAGGGGGAAAAGGCAGAUAAAGAGAAUAACAGAUGUAAUAGAGUAAGCUUCUCUGAUGAAGUCAAGAAUAUUAGUGCAGAUCCAGAAGGAGAUACAGUGGUGAGGCUCAAAGACGAGCCCACAACAGUGUGUGUUGACAACUUAUUGCGCGGCGAAUUAUCCACUAAUUUUCAAUCCAAUACAGACAAAGGGAGUGUAGAAAGUGAUGCUCAGAGACGUUCCUGUGUAGCAUUAGAGUGUGCGAAUAGGGAGCCACGAAAAGUAGUGUUUACUCUUGGUGAUGAAGUGCCGGAUGCGCAGAGAGUGCACAAAGUCAUACCAACUCAGGAACACCACAAACUAAUCGAUCACGAGGGCAUGGACUUGAAAAUUGAGAGGGAGGUAUUAAUGGUGAAUGCCUCUGGGCAGAAGACUGCUGCUGCUGCUGCUACUACUACUACUACUACUACUACUACUACUACUACUACUACUACUACUACUACUACUACUACUACUACCACUACUACUACUACUACUACUACUACAGCAGGAGUAGCAGCAGGAAGAUCUAAUAAUCACGAGGUGAGUAGAGGCAGCAGUGAGACUAUUACUCCAACAGUGGACAGGAAGGAACUCGAUGAGGGUGAGGCUGGUGAUACUCCCCCGGGAGGGGAGACACCUAACCCUGGGGGACUGGCUCCUCCAGGCCAGACAUCCGAACUGGCAGUUGUACUUCGUGAAGGCACCUCAGGGGACCGCCUCGCUGGUGCGCCAGCUCAAGUGUCUUUGCCUAGCAGUAGUGGCCCACUCAUUGAUAUGGAAAAUAGAUUUAGUAGCGAAUUAGUAAAGAAUAAAGUUAAGAGCGAAGGUGCGGGUGGGGAGGGGGUGAGUCCAUGUUCAGAUCACCGUCAGGUUGAGUGUCAAGUCCUGCAGAAGGAGCCGAGACUGUCACAGUGUUUGGUCAUUAAAUCUGGGGCAAGGGAGAGUGGACUAAACACCAUGGGUGGGGAGGGAGCCACCUCCGAGUGCAGGGUGAUUAGGUCCCGGCCUCGCCUCCCACGUGAGGACUCCGACGGUGACAGUGGUGAGCGAGAGACUUCGCGUGUGUAUCUCAUGCAGAUGAGCAAUGAGGGUAUAUUUGAAGAAGAGAUCAAGAGUCAUGAACAACGUGACUCGUCCGACUCCUCGUCCCAAGACAGUGUGGGUGUUUGCCAAGACCACUCAGAAGAGGGCCUAGUACCGGAUUCUGCUGUUCGCGAGGACGUACCUGUCUGGUCAGGUUCACGUCGUCGUCUCAAGUUGACACAUGACGAUAAUGAAAGAUCUCUCACCUUCCCUCCCCAGAGGAAGGGUUCUCACGUCGACUCCAUUGGGUAUUCCUCGAUAGAUAGUAAUGGGUUGCCGAGUCUAGCCACUUCGGGAGGCUUCGGAGACCGACACAACAACGAACAGCAGCGUAGCUCCUUCUCCCUUGCUGACAGCUACUUGAAGGAGAAGAGCCAAUCACCUGACACACGCCAACUGCUCCUUAUCACUGAGACCCGUCCAAUGGAUCGAGCAGAGCGGAAAAAGAAGCAUCACAGUGAUCCCAGCUGUGAGAGACGGGGCAGCACAGAUGCUCUUCUUUUCCUAAGUCAGCCCCAGCUGGGCACCACUGCCACGCACGGCGACACGGAGAGACACGCCAACAAGGGAGUAGUAUCUCAGGGCUCCACGGACUCUGAGGGUCGAGACGAGCGUGGGGAUCAGCUACCCCUUGAGCCCUUGAGAGUAAGCACACCCCAGGUCCUCUUCAGUGGUCACGAGAGCGAUGGCUCCGACUACCCACCCUGCCGCACCCCUGCCAGGAAUGCCUCCCCGACACCCUACCUUCAGGACAGCGACUCUGGGGAGCGCAGUGCUCCUCGGAGUCCCCAUGGGCCACGGCGGUACUACAAGAGGCCCCUACGAGGUCCGUAUGGUCUCAUGCUCGAAGCUGAAAUGAAUAAAUCAAAGUCAAGUCCUUCUUACUUGUCAGAAGACACUUACCUGCGGGUGAGGGACGCCAAGAGUUGCUCCCCGCGUCCGCCCUCGCCAGCCUCCCCGGCAGUUAUGGUGGAUGAGCGGCCGCCUCUCAUCAUCCCAUCCUCCCGCUCUCUGGAUGACUCUGCCAUCAGGAUAAACUACGCUAAUUCCUCAGAUUCGAUGGGUCGCAAGGAAAGCGAGGAACCUGAUCCCGGGGCUACUUCCCCAGUAGGGCCCGCUUGGGAGAGUGAUGGGGAGGGAACACUCUCCCCACUUCCCAUUGUACCCAUCCACCAGCGGACGGCCUCCUCUCCAUCUAAGCUCUAUUGCGAGGCUGGCUUUACCUCGGAGGACGAGCAGGAGUUAGUGGAUUAUUAUUCCGCAGCGGCACGGCUCCUGGCACAGCAGAACCACCAGCAGCGCCGACCACAACAACAGCAGCAGCAGCAACAGCAGAUGCAGCAAGAUCAGCAGACACCAGCCCCACAGCUAGGGGUCACAGAGCUGCGACACCCCACACCCCACGAGCACCGCCACACCUCAGAUCACAGACACUCCCACAAGCGACACCGGGACACACGGGCUCACGUGGUGGGAGAACUACACGACACUGAGAGGAACUACGUCGACAACCUCAACUUCCUCCUCACGAAGUACCAGAAGACACUGAAGACCCCAGAGUACAGUGCUAUGGUAGACGCCAGCCUCGUGGAUGAUAUCUUCUUUCAGGUGCCGGAAAUCUACGCGUACCAUGAACGCUUCCUGGAGGAGUUGAAGCGUCGCAUCGAGUCCCGCGACGCCAGCAUCUGUGUUGCUGACAUCUUCCUUCAACUGGUUAACGACCCUGGUCUGCGGGAGAGCUACACCACCUUCACCAACAACCUGAAGACAGCACAUGAAGCAGCCAAGGUAGCAGCACAAGCCAAACACACCUUCAGGCACUUCCUGGUGGCAAGAGAACGCGAACAUCAUGGUAAGUUGGACCUCAAGGCACUACUGAUCAAACCCGUGCAGCGCUUGCCACAGUACGAACUGCUACUCAAGCGACUCCUGAAGCACACAAGCCGAGACCACCCCGACCAUCCCUUGCUGACAGAAGCCAUUGGUGUAGUGCAGCAGCUGGCCAGUAGGAUAAAUGCUGUUGAACAAGAAGCUGUUCAACACGAGGAACAACAGUUACACCUAAAAGAACUUGAGAAUAUUAUUGAGGGCCUUGUUGGUCUUGUCCAACCAGAUAGGACGUUCUUGCGUCACGACUUAGUAACGAUGCAUCCUGGACCAGUGACACGCAAAGAGCGCUGCCUGUUUCUAUUUUCUGAUCUUCUUGUCAUCACUGCCAUCAAGAGACGCUCGGGCACUAUUCGGAAAGGUUUGAGUUUACCGUAUACAUUACUGAGUUCCUUAGAAUCCAACAAAUUCAAGCUCUUCAAAUUCAUUCCAUUAGAUGACCUGGAGAUUGCUAGAUCACGAGAUGAAAGUGUGAAGAAGUUAGUGAGAGAGAUGGAAACCUUACAAGAAGAUCUUAAAACUCUGCAGUACAUCUCCAAGCUCUCUAAAACUCUUAGAUGUCCUCGAGGGCCAUUGGAGGAGUCUGUCCAGGAAAUGCUUGCCCAGGUUCAGAAGCAGCUGGCAGAGAGACAUGGUGCUGACUCACAACUCAUGGAACUUGAGCUCACUAUCACUACACAGGAAAGUAUGGAGAAUCUAACCUUUAUGUUUAGAAGUGCAGAAAAGAGAGCCAUGUGGGAGGAAGCAUUCAAUGAUGCUAAACACAAACUAGCAAUGUCAGCAGAUCGGCGACCUCCUCCAGAGUUUUUAUCAGCUCUACCUAUUAGAAAAACAAGGGCAGGUCUUCAGUUCACCUGUGCAACUGCAACUCUUGGUCUCAAUGCUCAUAACCUAAAAGAUGUUUGGGUGUGUAACAGUGAUGGUUAUGUGGGGCAGGUGUGUGUACUAAGUUUGCAGCCAGACCCAACAGUAGCAUGCUGCAAUGGUGUCUGUAAUGCCAGAAUCCUCUCCAUUGCUUCUAUCCCUGCAGCUCCUCAACCUGAUUCUAGUGAUGAUGAUGAGGAUGAAGAAAUUCCAGUGGACGAAGAAAUUAGAAGACGACGCAGUGAGUCUCUGCCGCCAGAGAUGGGCACUGAUGACACAGACAAUCAGCAGCCUACAAUGUGGCUUGGAACAGAAGAUGGAUUUAUCCAUGUAUAUAAUUGCUCUGAUACAAUUAGAAUUAAGAAGAAUAAGUUCAAAUUCCAACCUGGAUCUCCAGUUCAUUGUAUAAUUCACUUAGACAAUCGUGUGUUUGCAUCCCUGGCUAAUGGAGACAUUAUCGUAUAUCGCCGAGACGCAUCCGGGGGAUGGAACGUAGCAGACAGACAAGUCAUUAGCAUUAGCACUGCUGCUGCACCUGUUACUAGGAUGAUGGCUGUGGCUGGCAAGUUGUGGUGUGCAGCCAUGAACACUGUGCGGGUCCUUAAUACUGUGUCCUUACAAGUAGAACAUUCAUUUGUGGUUGGUGGAGAUAAUGGGCGUGGUGUGUCUUGUAUGGUACUGCGGUCAUGGGGUAAAGUGUCGUACCAUAAUUCCGCUGCUGUUAGACUGUACCAUGCAGCCACCUAUGAGUGUUUAUGUGAAGUGAAUGUUGCUCCAGCAGUCACAAAAAUGCUUGCAGGUUGUGACGAUAUCAUUCGGCAGCACAAAGCUGCCUGUCUACGUGUAACCUCCUUAUUGGCAUGUAAGGAUUUACUUUGGGUGGGAACAAGUGCUGGAGUCAUUAUCACAGUGCCGCUACCCCAUCUUGCUCAUAAUACUCACCGUGUUCAAGCGCCUUUAAACAUGGUUGGCAUACCAUAUGGGCACACAGGUCAUGUUAGGUUUUUGACAAGUGUAGAGUUAACCCCAGAGCCUCGAACAUCUCGUCUAAAAGGUCAUGGCAGAUAUUCCUUCAAAAGCAGAGACCAUCUUCACCAUCAGCCAGGCACUGCAGCUCCAGCUAAGUUAUUAGUAAUUUCUGGUGGCGAUGGUUAUGAAGAUUUCCGCAGCUCUGGAAUGUCAGAAUUGGCAGGUCGAGAUGACUCUACAAACCACUUGCUUUUGUGGCAAGUCUGAGGCUCAGGAGAACGAAAAUGUGAUAAUAUAUUAAUGUAGCCCCCUCAUAAGAGGAUAUACCUAAAAGACUUCUCCCUGAGGGCAUUAUCAGUUACAUUUUGGAAGGUGUUAACUGGAUGACCUGAGUGGGAUGUUUUAUCUAAAAACAUUCUUAAUGUCUUGGCCAAAAAAAACUAGCCAUGUUUAAAUAGGGAGAGAAUAUAGACUUACAUAAGGGAUGUACGAUGAGGUUUUGGUUAUGGAAUUUCAGAUGAGCAUUAUCAUUAAAUCUAAAGAUGAGAAUCUUUAAAGAUGUGAAAUGAGUGAUGCAUUUUUCUGAAUGGCUUUGCCUACAUCAUUUACAUCACUGAUGAGAUGCUAAAUAUGAGAGGAAAACGUUUAGUUAAAUGCUAAGAUCCCAGAUCGCUAAGAUUCUCAGGAAAUUAACAUUUGCUACAAGUCCUUGCUUUAUCCCUGGAGGUUCAGCAGCCACUUGUGCUGCUCAGAAGCCUGUGUAGACAAAAGCAUUCUCAGUGCCAAAGAUCAGUUAGGUAUGAUUCUUUUGACUCACUGAGGCUAGACUUCAGAAGUGACUUAAGGUGUAUUACGGGUGUAACGGUGUUUAGGAAUGUGCCAGAUACCCCGUGUAUGCGAUCUCUCAAAGAUUUAUAAUUAGAAACAAAUGUAUUUUCUAACUUAUCAUGUUUCCUAAUUGUACUAUAAUUAACAAGGUCUUGAAUAUACAGUACUAUAACUGUUUCUGAACAGUCAAACAUUUUAACAAGAUACUCUGCAGAAUGGUAUGAAUGUGCAUAUUGAAAUUUUGCAUUUAUUCCUUGAAAAUAUUUAACUAAAUAUUUCUCUCAAUCUUUAUAAGUUUCUCUAUUUAUGACUAUCUCAAAAUUUAAAUCAAACUGCCACUGCAUAUAUUAAUCUUAAUUAUGCCUGCCUUAGUAAAUGACAGAUCAUGUGAUAAAACACGAGUGCAUUGUGAUAAACUUGAUUCUUCUUCCUGACAACGAAGUGUUUGCCUCGGGCAGAGAUUUUUCCGAGUCACUGUUUUGUUAAACACGAUAGUACAGCACAAAAAAUUCUUGCAAUAGUCAUUUAAGGGAAAGAAUGGAACUGAUACUUUUUUUACAUUGGCAGUUUUUUGUUAACUUUGUUCACAAAAAUAAAAGUAAAUAUUAUUGAAGGGGAUCACUGACUUUUCAGUCUUCACUGCAAAGAUGAAAUAUUGAAGACAAAUCUUAAGUGAUUUCAGAGAUAAGAAUAGAUGUUAUCCAUUAACCAAACCAUGAGCACAAUCCAGUGUAAAUGACUACCACUUGAGCACUUUUUUUUUUUUUCAUGUCAUGAACAAUGCAUACCAGUUCCUCACUUCAGUAAACUUAUAAAAAGAUAUAAAUAUUCUGUGGCAACAUAAUGCUUAAAAAAAUUACAUACACAGUAUAUAUAUUUAUUGCUUCUGAUGCAUGAGUGAAGGAAAAUAAGACAAGAAUUUGUUAAUAUAAAUUAGAAAGCUACAGUACUUUCAAUUAUUUAGGAAAAUAGAUUUGGACUAGUCAUAUUCAAGAUAGUAACAUUUAUGCUUUUAGUGACUUUAUUACUGCAAGAUGAGCAAGAUAACCUGAAGAUAUGUUAAUGCAAGAUGAACAAGACACAACCCGGAUGUUACGGUAAAGUACUAUCAUACAACCUACGAGGGCUCAUUUUUGUCCUAAAUGAAGACUAAUUAAAGUGUAAAUGUAACCAUCUAGACACAUCUUGGCAAGGAGGCAUUUCAUUAGUAUUUAUUUUAGCAAAGUAAACCACUACUGUUCUAGCUUGUCAUUAAUCAUACUUGAAUUUAUUUGGCUGAUGGUGACAUGGGUAAAAACUGAGAAAAACUCUUAGUAUAGGCCAUAAUUAAUUUAUAUGUGAAGCUUAAUGGUCAUAUUCCUAGUAGAGCACUGCACAGUAUUUCAGUACCUGUUGUAAGUAACUUGAUCAUUAAAGAAAUACAUUACUGGAUAUUACUUAUAAUUUGUGGUAAUUACAUAAAUAACUCUACUUGCACUGUGUCACCUGCAUUUGUAAACUUUAGACUGACAGUGAUUUUCCUGCGAGAAAGUCAGCAUCAGGUUAGCGUUUUCUCAUAUUCCUUCCUUAGUACCUUAAUUAUUAUAAAAACUCAAUAGUAGUUGUCAUCAGAUAGUUUAAAACUGUUUCAUCACUAACAUACACCUAAUUUUGCCUUAUAUUUUUUUAAUCUGCUACAUUUUAUUUUUAAAACAAUUUUACACAUAUUUAUGUGCUUUGCCAACCUGCCAGGAUGCAAAUUAAUGUUAUAAUGUAUAUACAGUACUGUAUAUUACUAAAGGAACUACUUGCCAUAUAUAAAAAUAUGAGAAAAAUGUGCAGGUCUGUGUUGAUGCUGCAGAUUUGUUAUGCUGGAAUUACUCGAAAUUUUAUUUUCUUAGGGAUACUGUACAGUAUAUUGAAUUAAUGAUAAAAAUAUAAGCAUGUAUUAUUGUAAUGUAGUUUAUGAGAUCACUGACUGUCACUUAAAAAGCUGCUUUGACACUGCCUCAUUCUUCAGUAGUUUAGAGCAAGAAGUGAUGCAAUGUGAAGCAACAGAGACUAAGGUUUAACUUUCUUUGAUCUCAUUCCCUCACAGGUCGCAUGCACGACAUCCACCGCACCAUUGUUUACAUGGUCUUUUUCUUUUUAUAGAUUUUAUCUCUCAUAGAGAUUUUUUACUUAUACAUAUAUAAAUAUAUAUAUAUAUAUAUAUUUAAUCAAGGACACAGCAUAUUGCAACCUUGAUUUUGCAUUGAAAAAGUGCAAAAUAAUUUAAGUCCUGUUUUAUUGUACUGUUAUAUUGUAGCAUAAUAGCUACUUUUGUAUUAUUUUUGGUAGUUAUCUGCAGAAUGUUUAGAAGUGUACACUUAACAUGAUCCUUGCAAUCUGCCACAUAGUAAAAGUUCAUUUUGCAUUUAUCACACAAAUAGGUAAUCUCAUAUACAUACAGAACUUUAUCAUCUAACCUUCCCAGAUGAUUUAUUUUGUAACAAAUGCUCAUUUCACAAGAAAGCACCACAUUUGCACAGGUAAUUUCCAUAUUUAUCCAUAUUUUACCUAAAAAAUUUUUGCUUUUAUAUAAUUCACUGAACACUGCUAAAAAUGUUGAGUUACAAGUAUUGUACUUGAGUAAUGACCUACUUAGCGUUGGUAAGGUGGAUGUGGAGCCUGUCACUGUGACCUGACCUUGGAUAGUCCUUGGAAGACAACACUCACUUGCUGUAGGGUAUUAUUAUACAGUCUUUAGCAAUAUGCGUAUAAUUUUCCUUACAGCAACUAAAGCUUUGUGUCAUCUACCAAUGGCCCAGUGAGUUAGCACACCAGUGUUGCCAUUCAUUGCUCUUCCCUCAGUCGGCAACAACACUCCUGUUGGGCUUAUCCUACUGUGACCACGCCCCAGCACCCUCUGUUUAUCUUCUGCUGUAUUUAUGAGUUCACAAAACUACUAAGAUAUUAAUAAAUUUUAGUAAAUAAAAA